AUGUUAUUCUCUAUUGCGUACAUUAUUUUUAUCUUAGUACAAGUUUGUGCUAACGAAAAACUGGUUAGUUUAAGCAAAAGUUCAUCAACUGACGGUACACAGUGUGACAAAACGAUAAAAAAUGAUGUUGGGUCCUCGUGCCCUCAGAAAAAUCUCGAAUAUCAUUUUUCAUCCGAAGAACUUGGUCUCUUGAACCAACAUAAUCUAGUUGUUAAUACUCAAUCUUGCCCAUCAAAUCCAUCGCUUACAUGUCUCAGUGUCGAUCGGCAAUCGUUGAUUGGUGCAGGCAGUUUCGGCUUAGUUGUACGUGCUCGUUCAAGAACAUUUGAUUUUCCUAUUGCAAUUAAAUUCAUCAAACUGCCAACUAAACUAGAUAUUGUUUCGUUCAAUACAGGUGGCCGAUAUAAUCGUAUUGAUCGUACAUCACUUAUUGAAAAUCGUGGCGAUCAAAAAAGUUUACGUGAAGCUGUUGCACUUCGUCUUAUAACUGAAUAUGAAAUCCCUUCGAUACCAAAAUAUAUUGCCUAUAUUGAAACAGCAUCUUAUAGAAUUGUUGCCAUGGAAUUACUCAAUGGCUUUGAAGAACUGUCAAAAAUUAUUGAUAAAUUAUCGCCUAAACAAUUAACGUUUAUAUCAUGUCAAACAGCCGCUAUUGUAUGUAAUCUAGAUCAAAUCGGCGUAUCCCAUGAUGAUAUGCACGAACGGAAUAUAUUAAUCGAUCGUAAAAACAAUAAUAAAGUUAAUUUGAUUGAUUUUGGUGGCGCACAAUUUAUUAAUAAGCAAAAACAUUUUACAAGUACAAGUAAUUUUCUUAAGCAGCCAAUUAAUUUAAUAGGCCAUCUAAAACGCAUUAUCAAAGCGGAUUUAAUUGAUUACAUACAAUCACAAGAAAAGAAAGAACUUGGGUAUUUUUGUUCAAUGCUGGAGAAAAUUACGACAAGUAAAAGUGAGAAAGAAAAAGAAGCAAUACCUUACUAUUAUAGAUUAUUAUUUGAAAAAUAUUGGAAAUUUAAUCAAACAAACAAAAAAUUAUUUAAAUGUGCUUUAACAAAAUAA